AAGCCUCAGAAUACUCGCAGCAAAAUGACUAUUUUUCAAAAACUGCUUCAUUGAAAUAUAAUUUUAGUGGAGGAAUAUUUUAGAUUUAGAAGAAAUAUUUAAGCUACGGAACGUCAAACCCAACGUUUCUAAAAGACUUGAAAUGAGCAGGUUAAUGAAGCCUCAGAGGAGAGAAGUUUUACGGUUAAUCAAGGAGGUAAAAACCAAGACUCAGUAGGAGAGACUGGAAACAGUUGACUUUGAUUUAUAGACAUAAGACUAGAAACGAAAUAGCCCGGGUGGAUAUUUCUAGGAACUAGUUAAGGGAGAAUGAAAAAGACAGGAGUGAGGACAAGAAAGUGUGUCUGUUUGCCGGAGGAGGAAUCUUACUUAUGAGAGUUCCUGCCCUUUCUACAUGAGAAUUUUCAAACGGAGUUGCUACAGGGGCUGGCUCUAAAGUCUGCGACGUGCACACAGGCUGUUGACAGGGAAGUGAUCCUGGCGCCACUGGGUGAUGUAGAAAAAGUUCUUUGUGUGUAGCCGGCUUGAGUGCGGAGCUCAACCGCGCAAUCGCGGCUGUGGCGAGGCAGCUCCUCCCAGGCGCGUCCCGGCGGCGCUGCUCCGGGCUCCUGGACCUCAUGGAACGUAGCGUCGGAAGAAAGAUGUUUAGAAACUGACCGACGUCAACGUGUUUAAUAGUGGAAACACCCCAGUCAGUAACCUCAGCUAUUGACAUUAUCGCAAGAGGUCUGUACUUUAUCCGGAUGAAGACAGAAUAUUGCUAACACCUGUCCACCAACAGAAGGAGAAUCUUGCCCAGGAAAGGACAGCAAUUCCAGAGUGAAAGAAGAUGGUGAGAGUGAAGAGAGUACCUGGAACUCAAGAGUAUCAAGAGUAGGAGGUGGUUAUACUCUCUGCCCACAGCAAACAUGGCGGAAAAGGCUUCAUCCUGAUAUCUGGGCCACCAAUAAAGAUGGCCACAGCACUUCCUGUGUUUGCCCUUAACAAAGAUGGUGACAAUACUUCCUGUUCAGGGCUUUUGCCUUCAACAAAAAUGGUGCUUACGGCGCAGGUUCCCUGAUACUUUGGAUUCCGGUUGCAGUUUUUUUUUUUUUUUUUUUUUUCCUUAAGAUACGUGUUUGCAGACGGGGAGAUGGAGGCUAGAGACAAGCAAGUGCUUCGCUCGCUUCGCCUCGAGCUGGGUGCAGAGGUACUGGUGGAGGGACUGGUCCUCCAGUAUCUUUACCAGGAAGGGGUCUUGACGGAAAGCCAUGUUCAAGAAAUUAAAGCUCAAGCCACAGGCCUCCGGAAAACAAUGCUGCUGCUGGAUAUCCUACCUACCAGGGGUCCUAAAGCAUUCGAUGCCUUCCUAGAUUCCCUGCAGGAAUUCCCCUGGGUAAGGGAGAAACUGGAGAAGGCAAGAGAAGAAGCCAUGGUUGAGCUGCCUGCAGAUGACCGGAUGGCUGGAAUCCCACUGCACAUCCUCCACAGCUCCCCUUCCGACCAGCAGAUCAACCAGCUGGCCCAGAGGCUGGGCCCCGAGUGGGAGCCCGUGGUGCUGUCUCUGGGGCUGUCCCAGACCGACAUCUACCGCUGUAAGGCCAACCAUCCCCACAAUGUUCAGUCCCAGAUGGUGGAGGCCUUGGUUCGCUGGAGGCAGCGCUUCGGGAAGCAGGCCACCUUCCAGAGCCUGCACAGGGGUCUCCAGGCCGUGGACGUGGACCCCUCGGUGCUCCAGCACAUGUUGGAAUGAUGGCGCCCCAUCAACACCUGGGGAGUCCAUCCCCUAGUCUCGUGUGCCGAAUCCUGACUCUCACCCAGGGCAGGUAGAUUUGGGGGGGACUGGUUUGUUUCUUUGUGUUAGUGAUCCUUAGAUGAAAGGAGAUAAUGGGAUUUCCACUUGACAUUACUUGAAAGGCGGGAUUACUCAGUUGAUCUCCCAUGGUGAUUUGACAAUUCAUUGUUUCUAAUUCCUCGGAGAUUACAUUAUUUGAAUUGUGCAGGUUUUAAUUGUGUGGUUGCCUUUUAAUAGACUGGUAAAUCCUAGUGGCUCAAAAAAAAUACAGGUGUUCUAUAUAUAAAACAUCCACUUUUAUGUUGCCUGGGAACUAAACUGUGGACUUAGCUAUUAAUCAUGAUGUUAAUAAUAAAAAUUGAAUUACUGUA